GAUCGGAGAAACAUGACUUUAAAAGGAAAUUUUGCAUGGGCGCUUGAGGUUAUGGAUGUUCAUUGACCAUUGCAAGCAAGGUGAUGUUCAUUGACCAUUGGACCCGUGCAAGCAAGGUGAUGAAAACAGAGCAAGGAAAUUGAGGCCUGAGGCAUUUUGAGAGGUUUUGAGGCAUUUUGCAGCGUUUCGUGCCACCUAUUACACAUGUACAUAACUGGAAAGAACUGGAAGUAGUCGAGAAGUCCAGUGCUGAGCGCUGAGAACUUGACGUUGUUCCUUCCAUCCAUGCGACAUCACAUGCUUAUAGAUGUUUUACCGAUCACCCGUUAUCACAACGUUCUUUUAUCAACGUUCUUCUACUUUUACUAGAAGGGCCCAUCCAUGUUUGCUCUUGCCAGGCAAACAGCUCUCCGACGUACAUUCUCUCCCGGUUUUGGACAGCAACACAGACAUUAUGCAAAAUCCCGGCGAUUGGGUGGAACUCUGGCUCUAGUGGGUGUGGGACUAGGCUAUACAGCCUUUCUCGCAGAGCACCCCACUAUACACGCCGAUAGCAACUUGCCACAGAAACCUGAACCGCGUAUUUCCAGCUCAGAUUCAACCUCGUUACGCAGCCUUGUCCGUGCGUACUUCGUGUACUCGAUGUGCUCCUUCCCAACUUUGGUCGAUGCUGCGCCAAAGCUGCUGAAGGUGCUCAUGGGGAUUCCAGUUGUACGGAAUAUAACCGAGACUUUCGUGAGGGUGACAUUCUUCGAUCAGUUCGUCGGCGGCGACACUGCUCAAGGCACACUGCCAUUACUCUCCUCGUUCCGUGCGGCAAAUAAAGGUGUUCUAUUCUCAUAUUCCAUAGAAGUAGACGAGAACGAAGCUACUGCCUCUAAUACAUCGUCGAAGAAGAAAGCACAGCCGGUACACAAACGAUGUGUGGAUGAAAUGGUCAGGUCAAUAGACGUUGCAGCUGAUUUCGAGGAUAGUAUCGUCGGCCACCAUGCGCGCAGUGGUAGACGGACCUGGGUCGCGAUCAAGUUGACUGCACUUCUGCCGGAUGCUCAAUCGCUUAUCGCCUUAUCUUCACAUAUUCUCGCGACACGUCCACAACAUGAACCUUCAAUUCCCUUCCCAGGAUGUCCGCGGCCCACGGACCUCAAUGUACUCAACACAACCGCGGACUCGAAAUUCUUGAGUGAAAAGGACAUCGCGUCUUUACGAGAACUGUACUCAGACCUUAGACGUAUUUCGCUGCGUGCACAAGAGAGAGGUGUCAAGUUGCUUAUAGAUGCGGAAUACAGCUGGUACCAACCCGCUAUUGACGCGAUGCAAUUAGCUCUGAUGCGUGAAUUUAACAAGAUACCAUCUCAAGGCGAUAAAUCUGGUCCAGUCGUGCAGCCGCUCGUGUAUGGAACGUUCCAGGCUUACCUCCGAAGAACCCCUCUUCAUCUUGCACAAUCCUACCGUGAUGCCCAGGCAAACAACUACGCGCUCGGAGUCAAACUCGUGCGCGGGGCCUAUCACCCACACGAAGUCUCUGCACACGAAGCCGCUCGUGUACACGGAAAACAAGAGUCUCUUUCGAUAUCCCCGGACGCGCUACCACCUGUAUGGUCGUCGAAGAACGAGACGGAUAGUUGUUACAACGAGUGUGUGAAGAUGGUCGUAGGUUGGGUGAAGGACGACAUUCGUUCGAACUCUGCUUCUGCUUCAUCCAGUACUUCAAAGCUCUCGGUGGGAAGGUGGUUCUACAAGAAGGAUGAUGCGAAGUCUUCUGGUUUACCGAAUAUUGGUGUUUUAUUCGGCUCGCACAACGGAGCCAGUGUUAAGCUGAUCCUGAGUGAAUUACUUGGAAACGGGCUCGCCACUUCUGUUGGCGUUGAGAAUGGAGAAGGAGAGGCUGUCUUGAAGCUAGAUGACGAAGUAACUGAAAGAGUUACCUUGGCACAACUCUAUGGUAUGUGCGACGAACUCACUGACUACAUUGUACGUAGAACCAGCUCCAAUUCACCAAUGGUCCUCAAAGCUGUCCCAUAUGGAUCACUGACAGAAACCAUGCCCUACCUCAGUCGACGUGCGAUAGAGAAUAAAUCUGUUCUCGGUAAUGGACGUGCUGCCGAGGAGAGAAGAAGAGCUGGUCGCGAGAUUUGGGCCAAAGUUUUUGGCUAGAUUUUUUCUUCCAGGAUUCCUAUAGCUUUCUCUAAGAUUCAGGAUCAAAUGGGUGGAAUUGGAUUCAACGGACGGUUUCAUCAGCUGUAGAUUAUAUGUGAAUGUGUUCCCUGGUACUCUGCUGCAGUGCUGCCCUGUAUAAUACUAGUACUGCUUGACAACAUCAAAGGAUCAUGCCAUGCUCAUGUUGGGAACGAUACUUAGAACCUGGGC